AUGAAAUGUGACUGACUUACCGUCGGUGUUGAAUAUAUGGAAGAUUUAAUUUUUGAACAUUCUUAAAAGAGCACCUAAAAUAUUCUCGAAAUGGCGUGCACGGCGUUUAGGUUAAAAUUUAUUCUAAAGCAAGCAUUGCGAGUAAAUUAUCAAACGUAUCGUAUUGCUGGUGUUAGGAACUUUUCUUCAAAAGAUGAUGAAAAUUGUGACCCAAAAGAAACUGCAGGGAACACUGAAAAAGCAAAGACUUCAAAGCAUUCAAAAUCUGCUAAAGAGAAGGCUAAAUCAACAGUUAUUGAUGAAUCCAAACAAGCAGCUGCUAAAGAAAAACUUUUGUCCCUUCUAUCAGAAGUUAAGGUAGACUCUAAAGCUCCUAUGCGGUCCAACUUAAAGUUAGCUAGGCCUCCUCCACGUCCCAGUAAAAAAGAACGUUUUAAAGAUUUCGAAGUCGAGAAAACGCCUGCAGAAAAGCUGGAUUUAGCUGUAAAAGGAGUAGCUGAAAGUUUUAAAACAGAUUCUGAAAAAGUAGAAUCGGAACUGAAGGAAAAAUUAAUUUCUAUGAGAUUGUCCAAAGAUGACUCAAUAGAAGUUGAGCAAGAGAGUGCUUCGAAUGAAAUAAUUGAUGAAGAGAUGAAAGAAAAUUUAAUGUCAUCGGUUCAUGAAGUUGCUUCAACUGUGGCUGAACCACCUGUUGCACCCAAAUCAGAACUUACUAGAAGAUUAUUGAGACUUUCACUUGAUAGCAAAAUAACCCCAGAAAAGAAAAAGUCAAUGCUAGAUUUGCUUGAUGGCUUAAGAACAGAAUCAAAAGCUAUGCAUGAUAAGGAGAGAACUAUCAUAGACAAAAAUGAAAUGAGGAAGAAGAGAGCCAGAUUUGAAAGACAAGUUCCUAAAGAAAUUGAUCUAUUUGGAGCACCACCUUUGAAUAUUUUCCCUGCAGAAUAUGAAAGCAAACAAGGUACAAAAAGUGACUUCUGGCGAAAAUUGCAAGAAAGAGAAUUAAAGCUACUAGUACAAUAUGCUCCUACAAAUGCCUUUGAAGAAAUGAUUAUGUGGACUGAACAAGGAAAACAUUGGAAAUUUCCUAUUGACAAUCAAACAGAAAUGGGAGCUGAAGAAAAUGUUGGUUUUAAUGAACAUAUAUUUUUAGAGCAGAAUCUUCAAGGAUUCCCCGAUCAGGGGCCUAUCCGUCAUUUCAUGGAACUUGUUUGUGUAGGAUUGUCCAAAAAUCCUUAUAUAACAAUAGAUAGAAAGAUAGAGAAUAUUAACUGGUUCAGGAAUUAUUUCAUGGAAAAAGAAGACAUCCUCAAGCAGUGUGGAGCAAUUGAUCAAAAUCAUUCAUUUCAAUUACAAAUUACUCAGUAAAAAAUAUUAGGUGUGAAAUACUAUUUUGUGUAUGGAAAUGAGUCUGUCUGUGGAUUAUUUACGUUAAAUGUGCUAAUAAAUAAACUG